GACACCCCACCCAUGGAGUUCUUUGAAAGGCUAAGAUUCCUGGAGUACAGCCUUUCCCAGUGUCUGUGGCCUUGGAAUGUCACAGGCUGGGCCUUUAAGUCUUGGCUACUUUAGGCAGCAGUGCAAUUGAUAUUAAGUAUCCUGGAAGAUAUCUGACAUUCUUGGCACUGGAAGCCUUUGUAGAACCCAUUGAGUUUAAGCAUUUUACCUCUCUUCCCUUUGCCAUAUAAGACACACAUGCCCUUGAUUGCUUUUGCGAAAGCCUCAAUAUCUGCUUCUCCUUUGACCUUCUUUCCACAGAUGUUGGAGGUGGUAUUGCAUCAUAGCAGGCUGCCUGGGGUGUGGGGAGCCGCUAGUAAAGGUUCACUCCUAUUGAUAGGUUCCCACAUUGGAGGUGCUAGAGAGAAGUGCUGUUGGUAGCCACUGUCCUCAGGCUUUGCCUCAAAGUCCCUUUAACUUGGUGUCUUCCCAAUCCUUAGUCAUCUCCUUGCUAUGGAGAAGUGAUGAGAUCUCACUUUGGAAAAUCAUGAUCUAGCAGGGUGACCCUGGGCAAGUCAUUGAACCUCUAUUGCCUAGCCUUACCACUCUUCAGUCUUGGAACUAAUACUUAGUAUUGAUUUUAAGAUAGAAGGUAAGGGUUUAAAAAAAAAGAAAAAGAAAAAAAUCAUAGCCCAUGUCCAUAUCCAUGGAACUGGAUGAUCUGACCUGGUCUUCUCAGUCAAAAUACAGUAAGGUUGUUUGGACCAUCAGUCUGCAUUUGAACUUGAGACAUUGCUGUUGAGGGUCAGAAUAGUUGAUAGCAGGAUGACUUAAUGGAUAGAGUAGUUUCUCUCAGUGACUCCCAACAGAGUAGGGCUGGACCUGGAGUGGAGAAGACUGAAGCCUUCCUCAAAAGGCCUGGCUCUACCCCAGAAAAUGAAAAUGUGGUGCCUCGGGAACCUCUUAUUGCCACUGCAGUCAAGUUUCUACAGAAUUCCCGGGUACGCCAAAGCCCACUUGCAACCAGAAGGGCAUUUCUUAAGAAAAAAGGACUGACAGAUGAAGAGAUUGACUUGGCUUUCCAACAGUCGGGCACUGCUGCCGAUGAGUCCCAGUCCUUGGGCCCUUCCACCCAGAUGGUGCCCCUCCAGCCCCCUCACCUCAUUCCUCAGCCAUACAACUCUACAGGUUCUAGAUGGCGAGAUUAUGGGGCUCUGACUAUCAUUAUGGCAGGGAUCGCCUUUGGCUUCCACCAGCUCUACAAGAAGUACCUGCUCCCUCUUCUCAUGGGAGGCAAGGAGGACAGGAAACAACUUCAGAGAAUCGAGGCGAAUAUUUCGGAGAUGAGCGGCAGCAUGACGCAGACAGUGACUCAGUUACAGGCGACAUUAGCUUCUGUCCAAGAAAUACUGAUCCAGCAGCAACAGAAAAUCCAAGAUCUUACCCAGGAACUGGCUGCCUCCAAGGCCACCACGUCUACUAACUGGAUCCUGGAGUCACAGAAUAUAAAUGAACUCAAGUCUGAGAUUAACUCCUUGAAAGGGCUCCUCCUGAACCGGAGGCAGUUCCCGCCGUCCCCGUCGGCCCCCAAGAUCCCCUCGUGGCAGAUCUCGGUGAAGUCGUCGUCGCCCUCCAACCCCACCGUGGCCAACCACAACAGCAGCAGCGACAUCUCCCCCGUCAGCAACGAGUCGGCGUCGUCGUCGCCCGUGAAGGAGAACCACAGCCCGGAGGGCGCGCAGGGCACCUACCACCUGCUGGGGCCCGAGGAGGAGGCCGAGGCGGUCAUCGACGUGAAGGGCCAGGUGCGCAUGGAGGUGCAGGGCGAGGAGGAGCAGCGCCACGACAAGGACGACGACGACGACGACGACGACGAGGACGCCGGCCGCGGAGACCAGGCCUGCCUGGCCGUGCAGACCGAGGACCGCCGAGGGGGCGACGGGCAGAUCAACGAGCAGGUGGAGAAGCUGCGCCGGCCGGAGGGGGCCAGCAACGAGAACGAGAUCGACUAGGCCCGCCGCCCCCUGCAGCCCCCGCCCUGCCGGCCCCGCUUCUCCCCCUCCUUCCACCCAGCCUGGCCUCUGAGAUGGGCCGGGCGCAGCCCGGGGGGGCCUCUGCUGGGCUCCGGAGGCGUCCGCGGCCGCCUCUCCGCCUGCUCGGGGUGGCCUCAUCAUGUUCUCAGGCCGCCCGGAGGGGCGCCGCGGCCCAGCCCGUCUGUGUGAUCAUGUAGAGAUUCAGACUAUGAGACGCGACUGUACAUACGUGUAAUAAAUAGGAGUUGCCACUAUUUAA